AGUCUUCUUAAAACGGUCACAUAGAUCGCCGCUUAAAAAUGUCGUCGCGAGGUGCGUCGCGUUGAAGAAUUUUUUCCAUCAAUUAUAAUACGUGCACAAUAUCCAGCUCCGCACGGCCGCAAUAUUUUUGUCUCUACCCGUUAUCAGUGUUUAUCCAUGUUUAUUUAAUUUUACCAACGAAGCGAAAGCAAAUGUGAUUAGUGCAAGCCCUUCAUAAACAUAUGUUGUACAUAGGUGUGUCAGUGCCGAAGCAAAAAUCGUUUAUUAUUAAGCCACCGCCGUCAGUGCGCAGCGGCAAGUAAAUUUGUGCAAGUGUCUUAAAAAGAAUUCAAAUUUAAAAGCGACAAAUAUUGUGAUCGUAAUUGUGUUUAUAAAAGGCCUGCCUGCACAUUUCAACUACAAGUGUACAUAAAAACUUUCGGCAAGAGGGCGCAAAAUAUAAGUAAAAGAGGUUAUCCACAAAAAAUCGCAGGAACAAUGUUAAAGUUUAUACGAGGAAAGGGUCAACAGCCCACGGCGGAGAGACAACGCUUGCAGAAGGAUCUAUUCGCUUAUCGCAAGACUGCACAGCAUGGCUUUCCUCACAAGCCAUCUGCAUUGGCAUAUGAUCCUGUCGCAAAACUAAUGGCGAUUGGCACGCAAACAGGAGCUAUAAAAGUCUUUGGCCAGCCCGGUGUAGAACUGUACGGACAGCACACGCUGGUGAGCAAUUCUGCAGCAGAGCUCAAUGUUCAGUUACUGGAAUGGGUAUACGGCACAGGUCGCAUCCUUUCAUUAACAGUAGCAAAUCAACUAAUACUGUGGGAGCCUGUUGGAACCACAUUGGUGCCAAUUAAAACACUGCCUUUCGACGGAAAGCUUAAAAAAGUAUCUUCCCUCUGCUGUUCCUCAAACAAAGAUGUGCUGUGGAUUGGAACGGAAGGUGGCAACAUCUACCAACUCGAUCUGCAUACCUUUACAAUAAGAGAGGAUGUAGUUUACCAUGACGUUGUGUUGGAACAGGUGCCCCCCGCUUACAAAUUAAAUCCAGGUGCAAUUGAGUCAAUUCGCCAACUUCCAAAUGAGCCGAAUAAGCUGUUAAUUGCCUACAACCGUGGCCUUUGUGUUUUGUGGGAUUUCGAAUCGUCUUCCGUUGAGCGAGCUUAUAUAGCCCCUGGACAUGGUCAAAGCGUUGGACUUUCAGUCGAUGUUGCUGGAUCUGAAUUCAGCUGGUAUCAUGCGGACGGUUCGUAUGCAACCUGGAACAUCGAUACCGCCGAACCGCCGCAGAAUGUUAACUAUGUCCCCUACGGCCCAGAUCCAUGCAAGAGCAUCAAUCGUCUGUACAAGGGGAAGCGAGGAAACAACGAUGUUAUUAUUUUCUCCGGCGGCAUGCCGCGCUCGGCGUAUGGAGAUCAUAAUUGCGUAUCUGUACACGUGAGCGAUGGACAAAAAGUGUGUCUUGACUUUACGUCUAAAGUUAUUGACUUCUUUGUCACCUACAAAGAUGAUAGCGACGUUGCUGAAGUGUUGAUUGUACUCCUCGAAGAGGAGUUCUGUGCCUACGACCUCACAGACUCUAAUAUUUCCGCCAUCAAGGCGCCAUACCUUCACUCAGUACACGCAUCUGCAGUUACAUGCAACUACUUGACAUCCCAAGUCACUCAGAGCGUGUAUGACCGUAUUCUCAGAGCGGGCGAUAAACAAGAUAUUGACUACAGCAAUAUUGACUGGCCAAUCACCGGCGGUGUAUUACAAGAUAGUAAUCCUCAAUCUGAUGAGGAGGACGAGGGUCCGGGGUAUGAAAUCCUUUUGACCGGCCAUGAAGAUGGCUCUGUUAAAUUCUGGGAUUGUACCGGAGUAUUGCUUAAACCCAUUUACAACUUUAAAACUGACAUCAUUUUUGGAAACGAGCAUGAAAAUAGGGAUGAUGCUGCUGCAGAUAUUAGUGUGGAUCACCUUAGUGCUGAACAACUGGAUGAGGGAGAGCCGCCAUUUCGGAAAUCCGGACUCUUUGAUCCAUACUCCGAUGAUCCUCGGUUGGCUGUAAAAAAAAUAGCGCUCUGCCCACACACAGGACAGUUAAUUGUUGGCGGUACAGCAGGCCAGAUUGUUAUUGCAGAUUUCGACGACACUUCUGACGCAAGGGACUCUUUAAAAUACAAUUGCAUGAAUUUGGUCAGCGACCGCGAUGGAUUCGUAUGGAAGGGUCAUGAUCAGCUAAACGUGCGGCCAAACCUUUUGGAAGAAGCCGCCAGUCCGCUAACUGAAAACGGCGUGAAUAUAACAGGAGUGCUCCAGGUCUUGCCGCCAGCCAGCAUCACUUGCAUGGCACUUGAAGCGAACUGGGGUCUUGUGUCCGGUGGAACUGCGCAUGGACUAGUGCUGUUUGAUUUUAAGAACUUUGUUCCUGUCUUUCACCGAUGCACAUUAAAUCCAAACGAUCUUACUGGCGCCGGUGAGCAAUUGUCUCGUCGAAAGUCGUUUAAAAAAUCACUGCGGGAGUCAUUUAGGAAGCUUCGUAAGGGUCGAUCAACACGAAACAAUCCCACCAAUCAAGUGCCAACAACUCUAGAAGCGCGGCCUAUUGAGCGGCAAAUUGAGGCACGCAAUACUGACGACGGUCUGGGUUCGAUGGUGCGGUGUUUGUUAUUCGCGAAAACUUAUGUUACUAACGUCAACAUAACGUCGCCUACUUUGUGGUCAGCAACCAAUUCCAGUACAGUGUCUGUGUUUCUUUUGCACUUGCCGCCAGCUCAGACCGCCGCGACUUCGGUUCCGCCGGCAAGCGGGAAUGCUUCUCCACAGACUCCACGUCGCAUUUCUGCACAGCUUGCCAAAGAGAUUCAACUGAAACAUCGUGCGCCUGUGGUAGGAAUUUCCAUUUUCGAUCAGACAGGCUGCCCUGUAGAUCAGUUAAACGCCGGAGAAAACGGAACACCUCCACAUCGCCUUCUUAUUGCUUCCGAAGAGCAAUUUAAAGUAUUUUCACUACCGCAAUUAAAGCCGAUUAAUAAGUAUAAGCUAACCGCCCACGAAGGGGCUCGCAUUCGACGCAUUCACUUUGGAUCAUUUUAUUGCCCCAUAUCGCCGGAGUUGUUGCAAAGUCUUCACGCUAACAGCCCCACCAAGUCCACACGAUCACAUGGCGAUGGAGAUGGUCCUGUGAAUAUCAGUGGAAGGUCCGGUGCUGGGCGUAGAGAGAUGUACCACGAAAUGGCUUUGAUUUGUUUGACCAACAUGGGCGAUAUUAUGGUUUUGUCAGUGCCUGAGCUAAAAAGACAACUUAAUGCGGCCGCCGUGCGACGUGAAGAUAUCAAUGGGAUUUCGUCACUUUGUUUUACCAAUGAUGGUGAAGCUCUAUACAUGAUGUCUUCUUCUGAGCUGCAGCGUAUUGCUCUAGCAACGUCCAAAGUCGUACAACCAACUGGCAUUGUUGAAGUUGAGCCCUUGGAGACCGAAGGUUCAGCACUGCAAUCGAAUGACGGGGAAGAGAGUGAUAAGGAAACGGACGCCAAUAAUGAGGUGGUUAAUAAUGCCGAAAUCAAGGAGCUGCCGGUGGCUACGCAACGCUCGAAGACAGUUGAGGUUAGCGUAGACCGGAAUAGCCUUCAUCUAACCAAUGGAGUCAGCAAUAGCAACUCACCCAACCGUGCCAACGAGACCAUCACUAGCUCCAUAGGUGACAUUACCGUUGACUCUGUGCGUGACCAUUUAAACACUACGACAACCACAUUGUGUUCCACAACUACAGAGGAGACUGUGGGUCGCUUAUCAGUGCUUAGCACGCAAACCAACCAAGCAACUACCACCGUGAACAUGAAUGACAUUCCGGAUAUUAAUAUACCCAACCUAAUGGACUUAAAAUCAAAAAGCAACACUUCGGAAACGAGCACUAGUUCAGUGGUAAUAAAAUCAGUUAUCACCAGCAUAUCACAUGAAAAGACAAACGGAGAAAGCGAGACAAGGACGACAAGGACGACAACGCACGAAGAAAGUGAAUUUUAAUAUUAAACUUUAUAGUUUACCUAUCAUCAAAACAGGAUGAGGUCAAAAUAAUAUCAAAUGAAGGAGACCCACAAUUUAAAUUCAUUUAUAAGCAUAAGAUCUGAUAUAUUUUGAUAUGGAUUUUAUGAACAUUGUUUUGUAUUCAAUAACUUUCCUAAAAGCUUUUUGCCAUGGGCUUGAUUUUCUAUUAUUCUGACCCCAACCAUAUUGCAAGCUUUUGCAUAUGUGUUUUACAUAUGUACAUAUUGACUUUUAAAAUACAAGAUCACCAUGGCAAUUAUCAGUCCACAGCAACUAUUGCAUUUUUAAAACAUUUUUUAACUAUAUUGCAAGUUAUUAUACAAUUUAAACUUAUAUUUGAGCAUUUAUUGUACCCCUGACAAUUCGUUCGCUUUUACAAGUAUUAAAUGGAAUUUACUUCUUUUUUAA